GCAGUGAAGCAGACGAUCGGUUAACACACAAGCCCACUUUGCAUAUUCUGGUAUCAUCUCCCUUCUUUUGUUUAUUCCCGUUUUGCCCUCACGCUCUGGGAAUGCAGAGAGAUGAGAGGCACUUGGUCUUGUAACCGUGGUACAGCUUCUAAAGCUACCGGCGGUCGCAAUAGCCACCGCAAAUACGUCGAAGACGGGUGAUCAAUUUAUCGUAACAACACAAACACAAAAACAUAUCCAGUAUAUCCCGCUUUUAGUUUCGGUUUAAUUUUUUGUUCUUGAUUUUAUAUAAUUGUAAUGGCGGUGGAAGAUCGAAACGGAGUGCUUCACGGGAAGUACGAGCUAGGCAGGCACCUCGGCCACGGCACGUUCGCGAAAGUGUAUCACGCACGCAACCUCCAUACCGGAAAAAACGUGGCGAUGAAAGUGGUCGGAAAAGAGAAGGUUAUCAAGGUAGGCAUGAUGGAGCAAGUGAAGCGCGAGAUCUCCGUGAUGAAAAUGGUGCAGCACCCAAACAUUGUGAAACUCGACGAAGUCCUCGCCAGCAAAACCAAAAUCUACUUCGCCAUGGAGCUCGUCCGCGGCGGCGAGCUCUUCGAAAAAAUCGCGAAAGGAAAGCUCAAAGAAGAUGUAGCUAGAAACUACUUCCAGCAGUUAAUCUCCGCCGUUGAUUUCUGUCACAGCCGCGGCGUUUACCACCGUGACUUGAAGCCGGAGAAUUUGUUGUUAGAUGAAGAGGGGAAUUUAAAAGUUUCGGAUUUCGGAUUGAGUGCUUUUUCCGAUCAUCUUAGACAGGACGGGCUGUUGCACACGACGUGCGGCACGCCGGCGUACGUGGCGCCGGAGGUGAUCGGAAAAAAAGGCUACGACGGCGCGAAGGCGGAUAUCUGGUCUUGUGGUGUUAUUUUGUAUGUGUUAUUAGCGGGAUUUUUGCCGUUCCAGGAUGAUAAUAUUAUGGCCAUGUAUCGGAAGAUUUAUCGAGGUGAUUUUAAAUGUCCGCCUUGGUUUUCAUCGGAUGCGAGGAGAUUGGUGACCAAAUUAUUGGAUCCGAACCCGAACUCUCGGAUCUCGAUUUCGAAGAUCAUGCAAUCUUCGUGGUUUAAGAAAUCGAGUAUUCCGAAGCGGUUAGAGACCGAGGAGGAUGCGUUUGGCGCGAAGUGUAAGGAAACGGAGACGCUGAAUGCGUUUCACAUAAUUUCGUUAUCGGAAGGGUUUGAUUUAUCGCCUUUGUUCGAGGAGAAGAAGCGGGAGGAACGGGAGGAAUUUAAGUUCGCGACUACGAGAUCAGCGAGCAGUGUGAUAUCGAAGCUGGAAGAAGUGGGAAAAUCGGUGAAAUUCAGCGUGAAAAAGAGCGAUUCGAGUGUUCGGUUACAAGGAAUGGAGUGCGGGAGGAAGGGGAAGUUGGGGAUCGCGGCGGAGAUUUUCGCGAUGAAUCCGUCGUUUUUAAUGGUGGAGGUGAGGAAAUCGAGCGGCGAUACGUUGGAGUAUAAUCAGUUCUGCAGCAAAGAGCUCCGGCCGGCGUUGAAAGAUAUUGUUUGGACGUCGGCUUGAUUAAUUGUGAUUAAUUAGUCAUUGUUUGUUGUUUAUCGAUUUGUUUAAUGUUAAUGUGGAGUUUAGUAAUGGGAUUUGUUGUUAUGUGCAUGUGAUGAGUGUGAUUGGAAUGUGAAGAUGUUUAAUGAUGUAAUGGAUUCUGAAUCGAGUUGGGUAUGAAGCUGUUUCCUUGUUUGCAA